AUGAUGCUCAAUAAUGAAGAAUCAUUGGUUGAUGAUAGUUUGAAAGGAUUGGAAGUUGUUGAUGAAUUGCAAAGAUUGGGAAUCUCAUAUCACUUUCAAAUGGAAAUAAAUCAAAUAUUAGAGAUUAUCAAUGGAAGAUUCAACAAUGGAGAAGAAGGUUUAGAAUGGAACAACAACAGAAGUUUAUAUGCCACAUCUCUCCAUUUUAGAAUUUUAAGGCAACAUGGCUAUCACAUCCCUGAAGGCGUGUUCAAGGAGUUUAAGAAUGACAUAGAAAAUUUGGAUAAUAUUUGUGAGGUGAAAGCUAAAGGAAUGUUAUCAUUGUAUGAAGCUUCAUUCUUAGCAAUGGAAGGUGAAAGCUUUUUGGAUGAAGCCAGACAAUUUGCCGUCCAACAUCUUUCAAAAUACCUUAAAUCUAAUAAUAAUGAUCAAAUCAUUUGUACUAUGAUAAGACAUGCUCUUCAACUCCCAUUUCAUUGGAGAAUGCCAAGAUUGGAGGCUAGGUGGUUUAUCGAUAAUGUGUAUCAAACAAAACCCAACUCAAAUCCGGUGUUGUUGAAUUUAGCCAAAUUAGACUUCAACAUUGUCCAAUCCAUUCAUCAAGAUGACCUAAAAGAUGUCUCUAGGUGGUGGAAGAGCACAGGGCUUGGAGAGAAACUUGAGUUUGCAAGAGAUAGAUUGAUGGCUAAUUUCUUUUGGUCUGUGGGAAUGGGAUGUGAACCUCAUCUUCAAUAUCUUAGAACAAUGUCUACAAAAAUUGCUUCAUUAAUAACCAUUAUUGAUGAUGUUUAUGACGUCUAUGGAACUCUGGACGAACUUGAACUUUUUACCGAUGCUGUUGAGAGAUGGGAUAUCGGAGCAAUUGAUUCAUUACCGAACUACAUGCAAAUAUGUUUUAUUGCUCUCCACAACACCAUCAAUGACAUGGCUUUUGAUGCAAUAAAGGAUCAUGGAGUGAAUGUCAUUCCAUAUUUAAGAAAAAUGUGGACAGAUUUAUGCAAAACAUUCUUGAUCGAAGCAAAGUGGUAUUACACAAAUUACAAACCAACAUUUGAAGAGUACUUAGAGAAUGCAUGGAUUUCAGUAUCAGGAUCUCUUCUUCUUGUUCAUGCUUACGUCUUCACCACAAAUUCAUUAACAAUAGAGGCUUUGGAGUGCUUGCAACUUCAUCCAAAUAUCAUUCGAUAUUCAUCCAUCAUCUUUCGUCUUGCCAAUGACUUAGCUUCAUCUUCGGAAGAAGCAAAGAGAGGAGAAGUCGCUAAAUCUAUACAAUGUUACAUGAAUGACACGGGUGCUUCAGAACAAGAAGCACGACGAUAUCUUAAGGAUUUGAUUAUGGAAUCAUGGAAGAAAUUGAAUGAAGAAGUUCAAACUUUGAAUAAUUCACCAUUACUCUCCAAAAGUUUCAUUGAAAUUGCGUUAAAUCUUGCUAGAAUUUCUCAUACUGUCUACCAAUAUAGAGAUGGGCACACUGUUGAAGAUCAUGAGACCAAGGAUCGUGUAUUAUCCUUGUUUAUCAAGCCUGCUUAA